GUCUGUUGCUUUAAGAAUCUGGUGAAUAUACCAACCCUGUUGCAUGGCACAAAUCCCGUAAUUGCAGCUGUUGGAUGUACGGAGUGGCGUCCUAUCUCCGACGCUCGAAUACAAUGGUAAACAUCACAGGCUGUCCGAUCUGUGAUUCAGCAUAAAAAUCAUUCUUGCAUGUUUCGUCGAUCCUUCUUUCUAUUUGAGAGUGUCUUGCUAGUUGUAAAAUAAAUGCUACAGAAACCUUCUUUCUUUUCACUUCAUUUAUUGUCAUGGCAUGCCAAUAUCAUAUUGAGUGUUUAGUGUUUAGCCAGAGAGACGAGAGAAGGGGAGCGGCAUGGGAUAAAGGUGAAGAAGGGAGUCUCGAGAAUCAGGUCUAUGAAUGAGAGAAGAAUGGAAAUGGCAGGCGGCCACUGCACUACUCUGCAUGUGAAUUUUAGCACGUGAAUAUAGUAAAAAUGCUAGGCUGGUGGGGAUAAACAAAACGGUAAUUAAUUGAUUUUUAUGAACCUGCCACCAUUUUCUUCCAACUCUAAGCUUCUCUGCGUGCAGAAUGUGAGAGAGAAUCCAAUGGGCGGGAAGGCAAAUCUCAGGAAGACUGCUGUUGAUUCUUGCCGAUUUCAUCAAUUCCCUCCAAUAUACAUCUAAGUUGGCAGACUCCACUCUCGAACGGUCGCAUGGUGAGAAUUGGGUUGAUUAAAAUUUUGAUUUGUUUUCCUUUUGACUGAACGUGACAGCAUUUAAACAACAGGAGCUGGAGCUCCCUUUCCCUUAUUCUCCCUAUUUUAGCACACACUUGUUUUCACUCUUACCAUCACUCUCACACUCACUUCCAAGUUCCCACCAUCACUCAUGGAAAACAACUGCAGGAAGUCACCGUCGUCACCGUUGAAGCCGUGGAAGAAGGGUCCGACGAGAGGCAAAGGCGGUCCGCAGAACGCCAUGUGCGAGUACCGAGGAGUUCGACAGAGGACGUGGGGGAAGUGGGUGGCCGAGAUCAGGGAGCCCAAGAAGAGAGCUCGAAUCUGGUUGGGCUCUUUCGCCACUGCCGAAGAAGCCGCCAUGGCGUACGACGAGGCUGCGAGGAGGCUGUAUGGACCUGAGGCGUAUCUCAACUUGCCUCACCUCCAGCCUCCUUACAUCAACCCGGCUGCUGCUGCUGCCGGUUUCAGCAGUCCUUUUGGCGGGAGGUCGAACCGGUUCAGAUGGGUUUCUUCCAGGAACUCGGUUUCGUUGUUCCCGCCACGUGGACUGCUCAACUUGCACGCCCAGCCCAGCGUCCACGUCAUCCACCAGAGGCUCCUGGAGCUGCAGAAGAAGAAGAGCAAUGCUGCUGCUGCUGCUGCUGCUUCCUGCUGCAGCAGCAGUAGCUCUUCUUCCCAUCAAGUUGAAGCUGCUCCUGCGAUUACUCAAAACCCGACAUUCGAGAAAGAAGCAGCGGUGGUGGAGGACCAGGGAACAAUGGAGAUGGUUGAGAUUGAAAAAGAGAGAGAGAAGCCACAGAUUGAUCUAAACGAGUUUCUCCAGCAAUUGGGGAUUCUGAAAGAUGAGAGUCUGAAUGUGCCUACAAACAAGGAUGAGUUCAGCUGUUACCAUGGAGAACUCGCCACAUCAUCGUCGUCGUUUGAGGAAGACAAGGGAUUUAGUUACUGGGAUUCCUUCAUGUAUGAUUUGCAAGGGGUGACAGAUCAACAUCGUCGUCAGGAUAUCGCGGCGGCGGCGGCUGGCAGUAGAAUGCAGGUCCAGCAGCAGGAUGUGGAAGAUGAUCAGCUAUUCUCAACUCCCAUAUGGAACUUCUAGCUAUGUUGCAUUGGGCUAGGCUCUUCUUCUUUACCAUCUUUUGUCCCUAGGCAAUGGCUUUAUCUUCGUUUUGUUCGAUUGUUGUACUGAGAGUGAGGCUUCAGGAUUAUGAAUGAAUAAUAACCUAAUUUGUGUUUGGGGCUAGAAGUGAGAGAUUUAGAUAGAGGGGAAUUCUGACGGAUCAGUUAAAAUUAAUUAACUCGUUUUGAGGUAAUUACAAUUGUCUAGGGUGGGACAAUCGGGCAGACAAUUUGAAUGGACUCGUUUUGCAAAAUGAGAAAAUUGACCAAAUUGUCUUGUUUUACAAUACAAAUUAAAUUUGUAUCAUAAUGUUAAAUUAAAUUAUUGUUAAGUGUGUUUAUUGUGAUUUGGUGUUAAUGAUUAAUUUUGUAAGACGAUUUGGUUUCUUGCUACUAUAAUUGUAGAUUGAAUUUGUAAAAUUUUGUAUUGUAGUUUGCCUAUGGUCGACUUGACAUAAAAAUUUCUGAAUCAUGUCAAUCACAAUACGAGGAAAAAUGCACGAAAUGUAACUGGGUCAGCCCAAACAUGAUCCAUCGUCCGAGGUAAUUUAUAUUGUAAUUUGCUUGUGGUGACUUGACAUAAAAAUUUAUGGAUCGUGUCAAUCACAACACGAGAAAAGAUACACGAAAUGUAACUGUAUCAGCCCAAACAUGAUCCAUCGUCCAGGACCACCUCCUAAAUUUAAAAAUAUCACACAAAUGAUUAUUAAUUAAGGAGGUGACUAUAUUGAUUUCUUAUAAUUAUUAAAGAAUCAACACAAUCAACUCUCUAAUUAAUUAAACCAUCCUUGUAUCCAUUUAUACUGAUCUCCAACCGGAAUGAUAAAAAGCUACGAACAUCCAAGUUGCAACAAUGUGGUACACCAACGAUCCUUGCGCAACUCUGACCUCACGCUAAUGUGGGUAGGGAUGGCAAUGGGUCGGGUUGGGUCGGGUUUUGUCAAACCCAAACCCAUGGGUUUAUCCGCCAAAAAAAUCCGGGGUAAAACUCGUUGGGUUUGAAAAACUCAAACCCAACCUAGCCCGUUGGGUAUCCGCGGAUUCAUGGGUACCCGUGGGUUUUUGUGGUAAAAAUUUACAAUAACAAGUUUCUUUCAAAAUAAAAGUUUAACGCUCAUACAAAUUAAACAUACAAAAAACACCAAUCUAGAGCAUACAAGCAAAGCGCAAAUGAUCAAUACAAAUUAUUCAAAAUUAAAGAUAAACAUAUAUAAACAAUAAGAUUAAUUGAAAACUUCUUCCUCUUCAACUAAGUUUCUUCACUCUCCACUUCAUAAUAUCAACUUCAUUCUAAACAAUUAGAAAGAACAAAUUAUACAUGUCUCC